UCACCUUCUCAGACUUGACAUAGUAACCACCAUGGCGUCCAAGCAUUUCAUCAACGAUCCAACUCACCUUGUCACUUCUGCUCUUCGUUCUAUAACUCUCACGAAUCCGAAUACAGCUUUCGAUGAAGAGAACAAAGUCAUAUACCUUCGUCCAGAUGCGGCAGAACCACAGGUUUCGGUCAUUUCAGGUGGUGGCUCAGGACACGAACCUUCCUUCGCUGCUUUCGUUGGUCCUGGAGUACUGAGUGGUGCGGUAGCUGGAACAAUCUUUGCAUCGCCUUCUGCCGAGCAGGUUCGAAGAUGUAUAUCACAAAGGGUAGAGACCAGCAAGGGUGUUUUGGUUGUUGUGAUGAACUAUACCGGUGAUGUGCUCAACUUCGGCAUGGCUGUUGAGAAGGCCAAGGCGGCUGGUGUUGAGUGCGAGAUGGUAGUGGUGGGCGACGAUGCCGGAGUUGGAAGAGCCAAGGGAGGAAAGGUCGGACGAAGAGGUAUCGCUGGCACGGUGCUGAUUCAUAAGAUUGCGGGAGCUCUCGCUGCUGCGGGAGGGAGCUUGAAAGAAGUGCACAAGGCAGCCCAAAUUGUGGCAGACAACACAGUCUCCAUGGGUUCAUCGCUGGCCCACGUCCACGUCCCUGGCCGCAAAGUUGAAGAGGAAGCUUUGAAGGAUACCGAGGUCGAGCUUGGAAUGGGUAUCCAUAAUGAAGAUGGCGCGGAAAGAGCAGAGGCGGAUCUGCCUACAACUGUCAAGACAAUGCUCAAAUACAUGCUCGAUCAAUCGGAUAAGGAUCGUGCUUUCUCGAACAUUAACAGCUCGGACCAGACUGUACUCCUCGUGAAUAAUUUGGGAGGUGUCAGUGUGCUGGAAAUGGGCGGCAUCACCACAGAGGUCGUGACGCAGCUGGAAAAGGACUACGGUAUCAGGCCAGUCAGGACAAUCUCUGGGACGUUCAUGACCUCCUUGAACGGACUCGGAUUCUCGAUCUCGCUGCUCAAAGUGUCAGACUUGGGUGUCAAGCAAUCUCUUCUCGAGCUCUUGGAUGCUCCGUCUGAAGCUGCCGGAUGGUCGGCGGCUAUCACCAGCAAGACCUGGAACAAGCCGCCAUCUGAGACUCGCGAGCUUGCCCGGGACAAGACGGCAGAAAACAACCCUUCGAAUAUCCAGAUCGAUGGUGUAGCAGCGACCAAAGCCCUCGAUCAUGCUCUCGAUCGCCUGAUCAAGGUAGAGCCGGAAGUAACGCGCUUCGAUACAGUGGUCGGCGACGGUGAUUGUGGCAUUGGCCUGAAGCGCGGUGCUGAAGGCAUUAAGGCCAAACUUGGCCACAUUAGCCGGCAGUCCGAUGCUGCCCUGUUCCUGAACGAGAUCAUUUCGAUCGUCGAGACUACAAUGGAUGGCACUUCGGGUGCAUUAUAUGCCAUCUACUUGAACUCCCUCGCGUACGGCAUCCGACUCCAAGGAAAUGGCGGUAGUAAGAAGGCCGAUGCCAAGAUCUGGGCAGCCGCACUCAAGGAGGCAAGCAGAGCACUAGAGAAAUACACGCCAGCAAAACCUGGUGACCGAACACUGGUUGAUGCUCUGGCGCCCUUUGUGGAACAACUGAAUUCGACAAAUGAUAUCCAGCAAGCUGCGAAGGCAGCAUAUGAGGGCGCAGAAAAGACCAAGGGUAUGGAGGCCAGCUUAGGUCGCACAGUUUACGUUGGAGGAAGCGGUUUCAAAGAGGUGCCCGAUCCAGGUGCGUACGGUCUCGCGGAGUUCCUCUCCGGGUUGGCAGAGGCUUUGAAGUGAUCAGUUAUGGUUAUGUGAAGGAUUUUGAUGGAAAGUUUUAGCGAAUGGGUUAGCAUUCAAGUACAAUUUCGAAAUAGCUAGCCAGUCUUGAAGCGGCUAUUUCAGUAAUCGAGUCAUCUUGCUCGUCGC